AUGGGUCUAGUGAGCUUUGUGUUUUGCUCAGUAGGAAAAUGCAUUGAAAUCAUCUUCUUCUUACUGGAUUUAAAUUUUGUGAUUGUGAACUCAUUGGUACGUUUACUGGUGGCAUUAAUCUCCUUUGUGAACAGUCUACCCAUGCUACUUACAAGUUCAGUGCUUGAGUGUUGGAAUCUCACACUGUUUUGUGUGCUUACUAUGAUUGAUGGGGUGUCGUUAGUGACCCACAACAUGAUAGGUGGUUGGAUGCAGUUGCUAGGAGGUGUGCUGGAGAGCUUUAAAAUGAUGGGAUACCUGUCUUCACAUUUACUGCUGCGCACGAGGGAGCUUCUUCAUCGGGGACUGCUAACGGGACACAGUUUGCUUCGACAAGCAUGGGAGGGCUGUGGAAUUGUGCUCAGCCUCUUACUUUACUUUGUCAACACCAUCGUUAACCUGCUUCUUAUUGGUACACAGAAUCUCUAUGCCGUGGUGGUUAGCAUGGUGGAGGCUGUAUCUUGCCCCGUGCAAAAGGCCUUGGAACUGACCCUUACUGUCCUAACAUUCCUCUACAGCAGUCUGGUGGGCACCUCCAUCCUGCUUUGGACGCCAUGCAGACUCGCCAUGGAGUUCCUGAGCUCUCUUGGCCAUAUUUUCAUCAGUGUCUUCUUGCUCAACUCGUAUGGCCUGUUGCUUACCAUAGGUAUCAUUGUAAGUGCUACAGUUUACCUGAACCCUGCCUUACCCAGACGUGGAGCUCAGCACCUACUCAAUUCAGUCAACGCCGUCCCCGCCUUGCAGCGGUUGCAGAGGAUUCUACACCGUCUGUGUCAGCUGGAAAUGAACGUUUGGCAGCGGUUAGCCAGGCCCGGCAGUCGCAUCGGCUUGUGGACCAUCUCGGCGUCAAGAAAUGCUGCUAGAGGAGGAGCUGGGGACACCAGACACCUGGAGGGAAACGAAGUCCACGGGGCUCCUCAGAACGAUGAGGCCGAAGGGGGACAAACCGGGGGGGACGACCCGCGGCCGGCAGACAAUCAACGGGACGUGGCCUUGCCCAGCUCCAGCACGCAUAGGCCGCUGCAGAAAGUGCCUUCGGAAGGGGACUGCAAACGACCCCCUGCCGACAGUUUACUGACUUUGCUGCAGGAGCAAGAGGAGAGGAAGAAAUGCGUCAUCUGUCAGGACAGCACCAAGACGGUCGUGCUUCUGCCCUGUCGCCAUCUGUGCUUGUGCCGAGAAUGCACGGACAUUCUGAUGCGCCAGCCCAUAUAUCAGCACAACUGCCCGCUCUGCCGUCACAUGAUUCUCCAGACUAUGGAUGUGUAUCUCUGAGGAGGGAGGGCGUGG